CAGUAAUCCGCUAGGUUACAUGUAUUAUACAAUACAACAAUACAUUUUAGCGCUGUAUUUUAGCUACAAUCCUCUUCGUGUCAUGUCAUUCGACAUCAUCUCAUGCUUAAGCGCUCUUUUUUUAAUACGGCUUUUGACGACAACCUCAUUCCCAUAAAAACCGAACUAUAUCUGACAUCCAAUUAAUAUCCACAUAUAACACACUGUUCAUACAAUUCCAUAAAAAUCUCAUACGCGAAUAUAAUUGGUUCCCGAAUUUCUUUCUCACUUACUUAUCCACCAACCACUCGCUACCAUACCUUAGGUACCUACUUAGAUAGGUAGAGGUAGAGGUAGCUAAUAACUAGUAUCAAGUUCAUCCGUGUCUUGAAACUAGCUUUUAAUAGCGUUGAGUGUCUCACUUAACAAAGGGAGAUACCCAUUAAAUAUUUCAAUGGCUUCAAUAAACGACCUCGCGACAGCCGCGACUAUAGCGUCGUCGGCCGUGGCGUUGCAGUCCUCGCCUACGCCUACGCGGGAGGGCGCUCAAUCCGCGACGCCCCCGGCGGCGCCACAAUCACCCCCCUCCUCAAAACCCGCAACAGCGACGGCUCAGAAUACCACCCCAUCGCUGGCGGAUAACUCUAAGUCGGCAGACGCGAGUCACGAGGACGGGGACUCGAUAACCGUGGCCACAGGAGCUCCGCCCGUGUUAGCGCCGCCUCAGAUAUCGUCUCAGAACCCCCCCUCGCAGGCGCAGAUUCCGGCCCCGGCCCCAUCCGCGCCCGAGGCUGCGCCCGAAGAAGACGCUGCGGGGAACAACGACGGUGCCGAGGAUAAAGAUGCGCCGAGGCUUUCUGCGGGGGAAGACAUGGACGGCGUCGAACAGGCGGUAGCGCCGCCGCCGAAACCGGUGCGCGGCGCUUUCGUCGUGUUCGAGGGCAUGGAUCGCGCGGGGAAGACGACGCAGGCGAAGCUACUGCAGCAGAGGUGCAUCGAAAGCGGGCGGGAGGUGACGUUUAUGCGGUUCCCUGAUAGGGCAACACCGAUCGGCAAGAUGAUCGACUCGUAUCUCAAAGGCGAGACGGAGAUUGAAGACCAUGUCAUUCAUCUGCUGUUUAGCGCUAAUCGAUGGGAAGCUGUCAAGAAAAUCAAGGCAGAGUUAGAGGCUGGUCAUACCAUAAUCUGCGACCGCUUCUACCACAGCGGCAUCGUGUACAGCGCUGCUAAAAAUAUCAAGACCUUAUCGCUAUCUUGGGCCAAGGCGCCUGAGAUCGGCUUGCCUAGGCCAGACAUGGUGUUAUUCCUAGAUCUCGAGGAAGAAGUCGCGCGCGGACGCGGCGGUUGGGGCGGCGAAGUAUACGAGAAGGGCGAGAUGCAACGGCGCGUUAGGGAUCUGUUCUGGGGCCUUAGUAUGGGGGAUCUUGGCAGCGCCGUAGGAAACAGCGGCAGCAGCAAGGUGCCAAGGAGGAACGAUGUGGAAAGGCUCGGGAAUGGGACCAGCAGGGGCGGAGAUGGAGGAGGCGAAGAUGGCGAGUUCAGGCAAGAGGAAGAGGAUAUUCAGAUUGUGGACGCGGAUCUCGACGUCGAGAGCUUAUCAGAGAGGGUGUGGGAACUUGUUCUGCCGCGACUGGAGGCAGUGGAACGGGGCGAGGUCGGAAGAACCGUACGUACUGUGCGGUAAAACUACCUACGCUUGACUAUCUAGUGACGAUAUUACACAAUAUUAUAAUAAGGAAGCCGCUGAACUACACCAAAGUAUCUCCAAUUCACAAAUUCUCCAUCUUCUAGCAAGAGACUACUACCACUGUUGGCUUUCGAACAGUAAUAUGAAGGAGAUUAGCAAAUCCUGUUGGCAGGUCUCGUGGUCUAGUUGGUCAUGUAAGUUAAACCCUUCCGCUUAACUAAGUGGAUCUCGCAACGAAAGAAUAAAGGAACUAAUAUCCACUCUGU